UCUCCGAACGAAAACGUUGACUCCUUCCUUAUCCUCAUCCCGUCAACUACUUGCAAGUGUAGCAACCUACCUCUUCUCUUCUGCUUCAUUCACCAAACUUUCCCUUUAAAACAUUUCACCCCCUAAAUUCUCCAUCAAAGACACAAUCCACUCCUUAAUUCCCCAAACCAAACACGCCGUUAACUAACUCACCAACCCUCCCUCCUUUACCCGAGAGAUCGAUUCUCUCUGUAAGUAAAUCUUGCCGUUAACUUUCUCGGAAAGUCGGAAUUUCCCGGAAAAUGGAAGGAGGUCGCCGGAGGAUAACACUUUACGAUCAAAUGAAAGCCGGCAACAGCAGCCGAUACUCACUCGCCAGCCUCAUGCUGGGCGAUGUCGUUUUCAAGAAGGUGGAAGCAGAAGAAGCAGAAGAAGCAGAAGCCGAAGCCGAAGCGAGCUGUGAGCUGAGCCGAAGCCGGACUCUCCAAGACAUCAUUCGCGAAGAAAAACCUAGCAACAGCAGCAACAACACGAAGGAUCGCAACUCUUGGAGAGCCUUCACGGCGAAGCUUCGGCUCAAGCGCGCCAUCGGCUCGGCUUGGUCCUCCACCACCACUAUCACUAAUCACAGCAAUGAUGAUAGAAAUUUACCUAAUAUACCCGAAACUCGCCAUGACUCGGACGAGUUGACUCAGCAGAACGACAUCGUUGUGGAAGGCGCCAACGAUUCGGAUCCGAUCGCGCGGUUCGGGUCACCGGUGGAACACGUGGAAGCCGUUGGCAACUCCUCCGACGGAGAGAACAACCACGAGGCGGUGGUUGGAGUGUCGCUGAUGGAUUUGUUGGAGGAAGCGGAGCAGGAAAUGGAUUUAUAUAGAGUGAGCGAUGAUGACGAUGAUGUGGCAGAAUAUGAGAAGAGAGAAGAAGAAAAAGGAGGUGUGGAAGAAGAAAUAGGGAGUGUGGUGGAGUAUAAUUGUUGCGUGUGCAUGGUGCGGCAUAAAGGCGCGGCGUUUAUUCCGUGCGGGCACACGUUCUGCAGAACGUGUUCGAGGGAGAUUUGGGUGAGCAGAGGGAACUGCCCUCUCUGCAACAAUUUAAUUUUGGAAAUUCUUGAUAUUUUCUGAACCUGGUAAUAAUUUUCAUUAAUCUUUCAAUAUAACCUUUUUAAUCUCUAUCUAUGAAUUUUUCUUUUUCUUUGGGUUUGGGGAAGAAACUAUUUCUACUAUUAGAUUAGGAUCAUGUGGUUAUGAUGAAUUUGUACGUGACAUGUGAUUAUGAUUUGUGAUUAACAAAAUGGAAUUAGUAACGUGUCAUGAAGAUUGGCUAGAAUCAAAUGUAAAGGAGUGGAUUAUGGAUGAUUUUAUUUGCACAUUUACUGUGUGUCAUAUAUUUGGCUCACGUGUUCAUGUGAUGAGAUGCUGUAUCUUCCGGUGGAUUCUAGUUGUGCUUAGACGAUAACGUGUUACUAGUGAGAGAGUGGACAAGCUAUGGAAUGAUAACUUCAAAUGUGGUUUACACGAUUGUA